UUGAGUUUCCAAUGGCUAAUCCAUAUGGCCAAGGUUCUACUACCUUUGCCCCAACUAUCAAUGGCUUUGCCACAACUAUCAAUGGCUUUGCCACAACUAUCAAUGGAGCAGCCACCUUAAUCAUUUUGGUUCUUACUCUACUCAUCGUCCUCCAUACUCUCCGGUGCAUCAAUGAAAAACGUCUCCAGCGACACUACAUGAGGCACAGCAGCGGCGGCGACCAACCACAAUCUCAGCUGUUCAUUGCCAUUGGAGGAGCCACACUACAAUUCCCCUCACUUGAACCACCUAAGAAUGGGGGGCUACACCCAUCGGUCAUCGCCGCAUUACCAACGUUCAUCUACAAAAAACCCAACCAAAUCAACACCAUCACCGAAUGUUCGAUUUGCUUGAGCAGUUUAGAAGAAGAAGAGAUGGUUAGGCUUCUACCAAAUUGUUUGCAUGUCUUCCAUGCACAAUGCAUUGAUAGGUGGCUAAGCUCACAGACGACUUGCCCUAUAUGCCGCGCUGUGGCUGAACCUCAAGCACUACCGGUGGUGGCAGCCGAGCAUGAGCAAGAUCCAGCCGAGGACCAGUCCCAUGGAACAGGUAAUGAGGCACCACCACCACCACCACCACCACCCCCUACAGCUCCAGUAUAAGCAUCAAGAUGAAACAUUUCGA